AUGACUUUAGCUACCGAGUUUGCAGAGACCACCCGUAGGUCGGUCAACAAUGCCGACAUGAGAAAGAGGGUGUUGCACUUAUACCGCAAGUACAUCCGUAAUGCCAGAGAAUUUUGUGACUUAUACGAGUUAGACAUGCCAGUAUCCAACGUCAAGACAAAGAUCCGUCAAGAAUUCGAAAGACAAAGAUUCGUCACCGAUUUAGGUGUCAACAACCACUUAGUCAUGAAGGGCCAAAUGGAAUUCCAAGAGUUGAUCAAUUUCUGGAAGCAACAGUGUCACGUCAUGAGAUACUUUGACAACCAGAACAGUUAUAAUGUUGUGGAUAAGAACGAUUUUGUUAAGAACUUCCUUAGAUCUAACUAG